AUGCCUAGAGAAGGAACGCGUUCACAAAAUCAAAGCACUCGAAAUCAAAGUAAUAAGCGGAGCAAAAAGCAAAACCGUAAGCAAGAUAAACCACUUGAAUCACCGCCUCAGCAGGAGCCUGACGAACCGUCUUAUCCAUGUGGGGCAUGCGGCAAAGAAGUCAAUGAUAACGAUGAUGCUAUUUUAUGCGAGAGUGGCUGUGAUGUUUGGUUUCACCGCGCUUGCACUGGCCUAAGUCAGUCUGCGUACGGCUACUUAACUAGUGAAGAGAAUGCCGAAUGGAUUUGUGAUAAUUGCUAUACUUCCAAGGCAAUACCUUUAACAAAAUGUAAAAUUGCUUCUCCAAUUAAUAGUAAUUAA